AAUCGCCGCUCACCCUAGCCUCGCUUGCAAAUUUCUGUUUACUACUUCUCUUUGAGCCCUUUCUUUUGAUAAAAAACAGACAAGAUAAUUUCUUAACAUACAGUAUGGUGCGACUCAUCUGGAAGCUAACAGCAGGUAUCGGCAUUUCUGCUGCUAUUAUCUACAAAAUGGAUCAAAAUAUAACACAACAGCAAUCUGAGAUGAAGCAUCGUCUUGAAGAAGCGAAAUCAACACUUGAGAAAGCCGUUGUGGCAGAUGAGCGCGCACAACAAGAAAAGACAAGAGAAUAUUAUAGGAAUACACAGAAAUACAUGUCAGAUCGUUUAGUGCCCUCAGGUAGGAUUGUUUGAUAGGCUUGAUAUCUACCCAUUGAUGAUGACUUGGUGGGGAGAGUUAUUCACUUUUUUUCAAAUAACCUAAUUAUAGUGAAAAACUCUUGGAAUACCC